UACGUCGACAGGAGAGCCACAGAGCUGAAAACCGAUUGCUCGAGCUUCGCAGAGAGGGAUGUAGGUAGCUGGGCAGGAAGCGCACAGUACAGGACACUCACUAGACACACUUCGUAGCUGUCAGAAUAUAGCUCAGUGUGUCAGUCACAUCAGAAAUAUUACUUCACGUCAUGGGAGAGAUCAUAUUUGAUCAUAUAAUCACACAGCCUGGAUGUUUUGUGUAACGGACACAAGAAGACGUGCCUGUAAAAGGAAUUAUUUAUGGUUUGGGAAGGUUUUAUGGGAGUAGCUAGCUAGCAACUUUGCUGGCUCGUCGGAGGACAUUUUGCAAGGAUGCUACGGUGGAUAAGGCAACAGCUGGGCUUUGACCCUCCCCAUCAAAGUGACACCAGAACGGUUUACAUCGCAAACCGCUUUCCUCAACAUGGCCAUUAUGUCCCUCAGCGGUUUGCAGACAACAGAAUCAUAUCAUCUAAGUACACCGUUUGGAAUUUUGUUCCCAAAAACCUGUUUGAACAGUUCAGAAGAAUAGCCAAUUUUUAUUUUCUCAUCAUAUUCCUGGUUCAGCUAAUGAUAGACACCCCCACUUCCCCUGUCACCAGCGGACUUCCUCUGUUCUUUGUCAUCACAGUAACUGCCAUCAAACAGGGCUAUGAGGACUGGCUGAGGCACAAGGCAGACAACGAGGUGAACGGGGCGCCUGUGUUUGUGGUGCGCAGUGGCAGCCUCGUGCAGACCCGCUCAAAGAACAUCCGAGUGGGGGACAUAGUCCGGGUGGCCAAAGAUGAGACGUUCCCAGUGGACCUGGUCCUCUUGUCAUCAGACCGAGCUGAGGGGACAUGUCACAUCACCACCACCAGCCUGGACGGAGAGACUAAUCUAAAGACCCACUACUCUGUGCCGGAGACGUUGGUGUCUCAGUCGGUGUCCAGGCUGGAGGCCCUACAUGCUGUGCUGGAGUGUCAGCAGCCAGAUGCAGAUCUGUACAGGUUUGUCGGGCGAAUAACAGUAACACAACAAGGAGAAGAGAUUGUAAGACCCCUUGGACCAGAAAACCUACUGCUUCGGGGAGCAAGACUAAAAAAUACCAAAGAAAUUUUUGGUGUGGCAGUUUACACUGGGAUGGAGUCCAAGAUGGCCCUGAACUACAAGUGCAAAUCCCAGAAGCGCUCUGCAGUGGAGAAGUCCAUGAACACCUUUCUGCUCAUAUACCUGGGCAUCCUGCUGUUUGAGGCGAUCCUCAGCACCAUCCUGAAGUACGCCUGGCAGGCUGAGAACAAAUGGGACGAGCCCUUCUACAACCAGAAGACGGAGCAGGAGAGAAACAGCAGCCAGAUCCUGAAGUUCAUCUCUGAUUUCCUGGCAUUUCUGGUCCUCUACAACUUCAUCAUCCCCAUCUCGCUCUACGUCACUGUGGAGAUGCAGAAGUUCUUGGGCUCGUUUUUCAUUGGCUGGGACUUGGACCUCUAUCACGAGGAGAGUGACCAGAUGGCUCAGGUCAACACAUCCGAUCUGAACGAGGAGCUGGGACAGGUAGAAUACGUAUUUACGGAUAAAACCGGCACCCUGACGGAGAACGAGAUGCUGUUCCGUGAAUGUUCAAUCAACGGUAUCAAAUAUCAGGAAAUCAAUGGAAAGCUUGUACCUGAGGGAAUGACGGAUGACUCGCCUGACCGAUCUGUGUCUCCUCUGAGUCGGGAGGAGUUGCUGUUCCUAAAGGCAGUGUCGCUGUGUCACACAGUGCAGAUCAGCUACGAGCAGCCAGGCGACGGCCCGGGGGAUCCCUUCUCCCACGCUAAUGGCUUCUCCUCCCAGAUGGAGUACUAUGCCUCCUCGCCGGACGAGAAAGCACUGGUGGAAGCCACGAAAAGGAUGGGGGUAACCUUCAUUGGUAGCCACGGAGAAACUAUGGAAAUAAAAACAUUUGGAAAGCCAGAAAAGUUUAAACUACUCCAUGUACUAGAAUUUGAUGCAAACAGAAGGAGAAUGAGUGUCAUAUUACAGACACCCACAGGGGAAAAAGUACUAUUUACAAAGGGAGCGGAGUCCGCUAUUCUUCCUUUUACUACAAGUGGAGAAAUCAACAAAACAAGAGUACAUGUAGAUGAAUUUGCCUUGAAGGGCCUGCGGACGUUGGUGGUGGCCUGCAGACACUUCAGUGUGGAGGAGUAUGAGGAGGUGGACCAGCGGCUCCACAAGGCCCGCACGGCCCUGCAGCAGAGAGAGGAGAGGCUGGCCGAAGUCUUUAGCUUCAUAGAGAAGGACCUGGAGCUGCUGGGAGCCACUGGGGUGGAAGACAAGCUGCAGGAGAAGGUCCAGGAGACCAUUGAGGCGCUGCGCCUGGCUGGGAUCAAGGUGUGGGUGCUGACCGGGGACAAGCACGAGACCGCGGUCAGUGUCAGCCUCUCCUGCGGCCACUUCCACCGCACCAUGAACAUCCUGGAGCUGGUGCAGCAGAAGUCUGACAACGAGUGUGCCGAGCAGCUCCGACAACUGGCAAGGAGGAUCAAAGAGGACCAUGUGAUCCAACAUGGCCUGGUGGUGGACGGGGCCAGCCUGUCUCUGGCACUGCGGGGGCAUGAGAAGCUCUUCAUGGAGGUGUGCAAGAACUGCUCUGCCGUGCUGUGCUGCCGGAUGGCGCCCCUGCAGAAGGCCAAGGUGGUGAGAUUGCUGAAAACAUCUCCAGAGAAACCCAUCACUUUAGCUAUUGGGGAUGGAGCCAAUGAUGUCAGCAUGAUUCAAGAAGCCCAUGUUGGCAUAGGAAUCAUGGGCAAGGAGGGAAGACAAGCAGUACAAAACAGUGACUAUGCAAUAGCGAGGUUUAAAUUCCUUUCCAAAUUGCUGCUUGUCCAUGGCCACUUCUACUACAUUAGAAUAGCAACCCUUGUACAGUACUUUUUUUACAAGAAUGUGUGCUUUAUUACGCCCCAGUUUUUAUACCAGUUCUUCUGUCUGUUUUCACAACAAACUCUGUAUGACAGCGUCUACCUGACACUCUACAACAUCUGUUUCACCUCCCUGCCCAUACUGGUGUACAGCCUGUUUGAGCAACUGGUCCAUCCUCAUGUGCUGCAGAGUAAGCCAGUGCUCUACAGAGACAUCAGCAAGAACUCUCUCCUCUCCUUCAAGACCUUUUUGUACUGGACACUGCUGGGCUUCUGCCACGCAUUUGCCUUCUUCUUUGGUUCCUACAUCCUGAUGGGGGAGGACACGUCUCUCAUGGGGAAUGGACAGAUGUUUGGAAACUGGACAUUUGGCACUUUGGUAUUCACAGUAAUGGUCAUCACUGUUACACUGAAGCUGGCCUUGGAGACCCACUUCUGGACGUGGAUGAAUCACUUUGUUACCUGGGGCUCCAUCGCUUUCUACUUCAUCUUCUCCCUUUUUUAUGGGGGAAUCAUCUGGCCUUUCCUCCACACCCAGGACAUGUACUUUGUCUUCGUCCAGUUGCUGUCCAGCGGCUCUGCCUGGUUCGCAAUCAUCAUCAUCAUCAUCACCUGCCUUUUCCCUGACAUCAUCAAGAAGGUGUUCUACAGGCACCUCCAGCCCACCAGCACCCAGAAGUCUCAGCUUAUUGAGACCAACUACCAGGGCAUCGGCUGCGUGGACUCCAUGUGCUGCUACUCGGAGGGGGAGAAUGGGUGCACCCGGCUGGGCCGGAUGGUGGAGCAAGUAAUGGGCCGCUGCGACCCUGCCUGCGCUAACAGGUGUGACCCCAUGCUCUGUAGCCUCUACUGCUGCAGGCGCAUCUCCUACAAGCUGGAGCAGGACGAGCCCACUGCUCCCCAGGAGUAGCCGAAUAGAGAGAGGUCCUAGCCUAGUAGAGCGAGGUAGACUAGACUACGGUCUUACUGGUAGGACAGGCACCCCAGUGACAGCCAAAGGUUUUGUAUGGAGGGAGACUAGUAUCAGGAUCCUGGAUCUAAAAUGACCUUUAAUGGAGACUUGUUUAUCUUAUAUGCUAUGAUCAGCUUCAUGGGGUUCUUAUGGUCUAUUCUUCUUCCAUAUUCAGUGGGACAACGUGCUCACCAAUGUAGCCAUGUGUCUAUGUAAUCCGAUCUGUCCUUCCAAGUCUGUACUCUUAUGGAUUUUCUUACAUCUUCUUUCAUUCGUGGGCUUUUUGUAACCUAUCUUUGUGGCUGAUCGACCUUGUCGUCUUCUGAAGUUUUGUGCUUCUUUUAACUUUUCCAAAGCCUGCCGAGUCAGUGUGUUGCACAGUGUAGGCUAAGCCCAGGUUCAGAGUCCAAGUCGCUAUUGAUCUACAACAAUGUAUUUAUGCUGAAAGAUCUUUUCAAGAGAAUGCUACUCAAGGUAUAUUUAUUGGAUCAUUAUUAAAGCAUUUUACCUGGACUCCUGGUCUUGGACUUGCCAAAGUCUGUUUAUACAGUAUGUGUUUAUCUAUGGAGAAUGACUGCAUGAUGCCAGUGUGACGCUUUCUCAGCCCCUCCCUUGUCUGCCCACACAUGUACUCUACACCCUCACUGUCCCAACACUGUGAGGUGAGGCGAGCACUGGGAAAGAAAAUGAUCUAAGUUAGACUGAGACUUGUUCUGGCCUUAAUGCUAAGAUACUGCCACUGCAAAGGGGCAGAAAGAGACCCUACCAUGGGCCAUGGGAGGUAUAUAUCAGCCCUACUUUACUGUACCCUGUACUAUCACCGAGUGAUGAUGCUUGUGUUUUGACAUGCUGCAGUGUUUGGUGUCUGUGUGCCACAGCUGAAACACUGGGACCACACUCCCUGACAUAAAGAUACUGGAAAACUGUCGUCUCAAUAGGAGAGUGUUUUUGCUAUAUAUUUUAUACAGUUAAGUACUUGAAGCCUUAUAAGUGCUUUUGAGAGGAAGAGAACUCUCUUGUUGCAUGGGACUGCCUUUGGUAUUUUGUAUGCUGAGUAACCAGAUGUUGUUGUUGUUGUGUGUGUGUGUCCCAUGAUCUUUUCUAUAAUGUCACUCCUCCUCUUGCUUUGCUGCACUUUGUCUGAACCUCUCGUCGUUGCCACUGUGUCUAAAAUCUAGAUAAUAUUCAACUUCCCCCAUCGAAGUUAUUUAUAUGCUGCUGUUAUCACCUUGACGUCACUAUUCAAUCUAAUAUUCUGCUGCUUGCCUUGUUCUCUGUUCUGUUAGAUGGCCAUAGACAAUGGACUAAUAGCUUGAUAUCAAGAGGGAGUGUCACUAGACAAUUCACACCAACAUACACAUUUAUCAAGAAAUACUUAUUUUUUAAAUUACACCGCACCAUGUACAUAUAAGAGCUUAAACGGUUGUCUUUGUCUGAAAGACGUAAUCCACAUAGCACGUAUAGGGUGUUGUUGAUACUUUUCAUCCAAAGAUAAAAUAAUGGGUAUAGUUUAAUGAUGAAUGAGAUUCUACAGGAAUAUUGUUGAGAAGUGGUGAGUCUCUACUAUGUCCCCUGGUGGUGGUGUUGGCUUAUACAGGCUAUGAAAGAUGGGGAGAGGCCUUGUGCCUUUCUUGAAGGUAAGAUUUGAGCUUUCUUUUCAAGGGCUCUUAGAUAUUAGAUAAAUAUUAUUAUUAUUUUUUUACUAUAGAUAUGCACAUAUAUAUUUAAGUUGUUUUAGAUAUUAUGCCUAUUUUUGUAUUAGCAGUAUAUGCUCAGUCUAAAUUAGUUCAUAUAUAGUACAGCCAAGAAAUGAGCUUCAUAUUAUAAAAAUAAACAGUAUUUAGUAUACCUGGUUAUGCAUAGGAUGUAUUAUUCAUACAAUGACAUUAUGCAGAUAGAGAAGGGAGACGUUGACUGUUUGUGUUAAAGUCAUCCAUGUUAAAUCAUCCUGUACUAACCCUCACUGUACGCACCUUAUUCUCUCCUCUUUUUGGUUUGACUUUGUUUGCUUGUGCUGCUCCCUCUGUAGGUUGAAGUGUAGUGUAGGAGACAGGGUUGGGAGGCAGUGGAAGAUGAGCAGGAUGACAGGGCUUCAGAUCCAAGGCAGGGCCUCCUCAUAUCAAUACAGAUAAGGUCAACCACUCCUGUGCCAUGACAUCCCCUUACUGUACCAUGUAAUGGCACGAUGGCCAUCCAUCCAACAGUAAAUGAAGGAUCUUUAGGCAGGUCAGAGACAGAAGCACUCCAGAGGCAGGUUUUCAGCUUAGUCCUCUCCCACCGCCACCCCUCACUCCUCUGUCGUUGAUGCUUUUAGAUCGAGGAGCAACUCGGACCCCUUCUAUUCCAACGACCGGAGCAUCUUGACGCUCUCCCCCAUGGAGGCCACUCAUUGCUAAGGUAGCAGAGAGCAGUUGUCCCGCCAGGUGCCCCGUCCCGCCCUGCCCCAUGGCCAAACAGAGGGACUACUCACUGCACGGCCCAGGGCUUGACCACCUCAGUGGACAGUCAGACUAUAUCUCAAGAGAAGAACGUUCAAAGCCAUGAGGCUCUGCACCACCACUUUCAGAGAUGCUGCAUUUGCCUCUGUUCUGUUCCUGUAAAUAAUAAAAGGGAAUCAGACCAAAGAAGGAUUUGUCAGACUUAAGUGAAAAAAAAACAUGGUCUACUACUUUGCGCCUGUAGGUUAGUGCUGCUCCUGCUUCACCACCUGACUAUCUGAAAGGUCUGCCGCCUUUCCUGAGGAAAUUAGGUGGACCUUUUUAAAGCCAUACCUUCCAUUUUUACUACCUGUUUUUCAAGGUAUGAAAAUGUGAAAGCAGUUUGGUCAGGUCUCUGGUAUUUAAAAAAAUAAAUACAUUUAAAAAAUAAAAAUCCCUGAAAUGCC